UAAUUCUCCCAAAGAGAUUGACAGGUCACAGCCCAACCGCACUUCAACGGAAAGAAUCAAAGCAUCUCAACUUAACACGAUUCCCACGCAUCCCUUGCCCCUCUGGCUGCGAAUCGGAGUCGGAUGCUCUCAGCAUAAUCUAUUGCACAUUCCCGGAGAGAAGAUGAAAUGGGUAAUUUUUUUGGAUUUCGUAGGCGUAGCGGAAAUAGCAGAAGCGUUAGCAGCAUCAAUGGCAGUUUCAGAAUCAACGGCGACAGCAGCAACUCUGUGGUAGAGCGGAGGAGAGCAGAAGUGGCGGCGCGGUAUCCGACAACCGCCAGGUCCAUGUCGUCUGAAAAGGAGAAAGGAGGAGCUUCUCACGCUUCUUCUGCUGCUUCCACUGCUUCCAAGCCCAACAAGUACUCCUUCAUCCCUGACAACUUCUCCACCAUCGAACAGGUUACAAAUGCAUUGAGGGAGUCAGGUUUGGAAUCAUCAAAUCUUAUUAUUGGAAUCGAUUUCACUAAAAGCAAUGAAUGGACAGGCAAAGUCUCAUUCAAUAAUCGGAGUUUGCAUGCCAUUGGUGAUACGCCUAAUCCAUACGAAAAGGCCAUUUCUAUUAUUGGGAAGACUUUGGCUCCUUUUGACGAGGACAACUUAAUUCCUUGUUUUGGCUUUGGUGAUGCUACCACCCAUGAUAGCGAGGUGUUCAGCUUCCAUGAUGAUCGUUCACCUUGCCAUGGCUUUGAAGAAGUUUUGGCCUGCUAUAAAAGGAUAGUUCCAAACUUGCAGCUGUCAGGGCCAACUUCUUACGCCCCAGUAGUUGAGGCUGCCAUAGAUAUUGUGGAGAAAAGUGGUGGACAAUAUCAUGUUUUGGUUAUCAUUGCAGAUGGCCAGGUUACAAGAAGCGUCAAUGCAAACGAUAAGGAACUCAGUCCACAGGAAGAGAAAACAAUCAACUCAAUAGUUACUGCAAGUUCGUAUCCUCUAUCCAUCAUUCUUGUUGGGGUUGGCGAUGGGCCCUGGGAAGACAUGAAGAAAUUUGAUGACAAGAUCCCUGCCCGUGGAUUUGAUAAUUUUCAGUUUGUCAACUUCACUGCAAUUAUGUCCAAAAAUGCAAGUCCCUCAGAGAAAGAAACAGCUUUUGCUCUUGCUGCUCUUAUGGAGAUCCCCAUCCAGUACAAAGCAACUGUUGAAUUUGGUAUUCUCGGACGGGUAACCGGGAAAGCAAAAAAGGUGGUUCCACGCCCUCCUCCAGCUUCCUACGCUCGCCAUGCACCUCCACCUUACGCAAUGCCUUAUGGAAUGCCAUCUUAUCAGCCAAGCAACCUCUCAUCACGCAUGCCAUCUCGUAUGCCAUCUCGUCAGCUAAGCAAUACACGAGAUGAAGGAAACCAGGCCUGCCCAAUUUGCCUGACCAGUGUAAAGGACAUGGCCUUUGGCUGUGGGCACAUGACUUGCAGAGAAUGUGCUUCAAAAGUGUCAAACUGCCCCAUAUGUCGGGAGCCCAUCAGAAACCGCCUCAGGAUAUACACCGGGUGAUUGCUGGCGAUUAACAUGUGUCUUUGUGCCCCAAUCUGUAAUUUUCCAUGUAAAUAGUGUUAUGUUUUUUGUAAGGAUUCGAUUGACACACAAUUCAUGUUAUGGGUUUGUACGUACAUGUUGCAACCUCCAGCUUCUCAAUGAAGAACACGUUUGUCCCGUGA